UUCCUCGCUGUGCGCGCACCGGGCGGGCGACGAGCGGCAACGCACCCAACGUGAACGCGCUGCGUGAGCACACACGCACACGCGCGCGUCGUUUGGUUGGACACGGUUGGGUUUGGAGAUUCUCCGCCGACUCUCCGGGAACUCUAAACGCGAGGAGAACAAAAGACAAGCAGCUCCGAGGUAGGAGGACUUGGUUAAAACUUUAUUAGAAACGGAAGGUCCUCGCUCCUCGCAACCAGCGGCCUCUCCCAGCUUGUACCGGAGAACCCUGCCGUCUCAUACCGUGCAAAUCUUUCCCCCCCCCCCCCCCCCGUCAAGCGCAGGACCGUGGACACCCCGGCGGAGACGACUGGAGAACGCGAGGACGGUAUAGAGAGUAAGAGUAGGCGUCCAGAGACAGACAGACAGACAGACAGACAGAGGGAGGGGGACAGGAUGGACUCCCUGGUUCCUGUGUUGAAGAGCCACCCAGGCAAGUCAGUGCUGGUGGUUUCUCUGAUUUUCAAGGUGAUCCACCGGCUUCUGCAAAGGUUGCCUGUGCCCAAAGUGGUGAAGCAGGAUGACUUCAAAUCCUGGAAGUGGAAGAACCUCUCCGUCUCCAUGGUGCACUCCCUGCUGACUGGAUCGUGGGCCCUGACCUGUGUGCUCGUUUGGCCAGAGACGUUGAACAACAUUCACUCCUACCACACCCCUCUGUCCUACAUGCUCGUCUGCGUCUCUACAGGAUACUUUGUGCAUGAUGCGGGUGAUAUUAUCCUGACAGGACAUGCAAGACAAUCCUGGGAAUUCUUAAUCCAUCAUGUGCUGGUGAUCUCGUGUUUCCUGUACGCCCUCUACACUGAGCUGUAUGUAGCCGGCGCUGUGAUCGCUCUCUUUGUGGAGGUCAACAGCGUCACUCUGCAUCUGAGGCUGUUGCUGAAGCUGGCCGGCGCUCAGUCCUCCUCCUUGUUCCACGUCAACAAACUCGUCAACAUCUCCACCUACUUGUCGUUUCGUCUGGGCACCCAGUUUUACCUCACCUGGUACAUCGUCAACAACUACACCUGGCUGGACCGUGGUUUAUACUUCCUGGUCGCCAUGAUAGCCAUGAAUAUCAUGAUCCUGACUUAUUUCUUCCGCCUAUUACGCGCUGACUUCUUCCCCAGGAGCAGGAGCUCUGUGAGGCCCAACGAGACGCACAACAACAACUCCAAAAAGUUUCCCUGUGAUUGAGUGGGGGAAGGUUUACGGACAUGCCUUUGUAUUUGUGUUUACACAUUUUGUCUUUUUACAAAAAGACCCCAUUCAUGUUGAUGACCGGUCCAUUUGUUGUGUCUGAAUGCCAAAGAAAAGAUACUUUUGGUUAGGAGAAGGUCCAGCCUUGUUCGGAAAUGUUGGAGAAAUGUUGCUUUUCGGAUAAAAAUGCAAUGCAACACAGCUUUACCUGAAGCCCAAAUUCUGGGAUAAAUUCUUCAUCUCUUGGACCCCUGUGAGAAUUGACUGCUUUUACUUUAUAUUUUUAGUAUCAUAAGGUAAUCGUGUGCAGGAAUGCAUUGAUAUUUGUCAGAAACCUGCUUAGUUGACGGAAGUUGAAAGAGUUAGAAAACUGAUGUCACACUCAUGUCGGUGUAGAAAAUGACGACGCUUCAGCCAGUGACCUUCGUUUAGCAUAAAGACCAUCAACAUACCGCUAGCAUGGUUCUGUCCCAAGGUAAAUAACUAAAUAUAACUUAAGCCUUGUGGGUUGUCCUUUAACUCGCAGCAACAAAUAAGGAGUUGGCUAUAUCUUAGAUGUCAAACUAUUAUUUAAACAACUAAAUUAAAUUUCUGCAUUACCGCAAACCUAAAGAAAUAGUUUGACACAAGAUAUGCUUAUUUUCUUCCUUGGCUGAUACCACUCUAAUAUUAGUUAAUCUAUUUGUGGUGUAAUGUACCCCUGUAACUCAACGAUCUGUACGUCUCCCCCUCAAAGUUCAAAAUGCAUGUGAACCACAAAUGAUUACACUGUUUGAAGAUAAACCAUUACAGUGUGAAACGUUGUGAACAGGACGUGCUUAUGCUUGCCUGGUCACUGAUCUCUGACAGUGUUAAACCUGUGUACAACAAACCUGUGUCUAAUUGACAGCACGACAACAAAGGUUACUUUAUGAUGCGUUCAGGCUCUUUUCAAAAUGAGUAUUGGGCAACGAUAAAAUGUGUUUUUUGUGUUCACGCAUGAUCUCUUAAAAUGUAAUGUUGGUAAGAAAUUUGAAUAAAUCCUGUUGUUUGAAUAUA